UGAACCUAAUUAUAUGGGCAAUUAAGACAUUACUACACAUAAAACAAAUAGAAAGAAACAUUUCCAUACAGAAGAACAAUAAUUCUUUUUCUGAAUCAUGUCGGAUAUAGCUUUAAACGUUGGAGAUAAGCUGUGCUCAAUGCAAUAAACUAAUAAAAAAAUACGAGCAGCCUUAUUCCUAGCACAUGCACAUAUAUACACUUCUUAGUCCAAGACAUGCACAGCAACAGCUCUCUAAGACACAAACCUUCCUUUUCUCUCUCUCUCUCUCUCUCUCUCUCUCUCUCUCUCUCUCUCUCUCACAUCAAUAUUAGGGUUCUUGAGUUCUUGAUGGAGAAGGAAGAAUGCAGCAGUAGUGAAUCCGGUUGGACGACUUAUAUUUCGUCGCCGAUUAAAGUAGAUGAAAAUGACGUUGUGGAUGAGGGGUAUUAUGAAGGGUAUAACAUUUAUAACUACUAUAGAAAAGGAGAAAAUGAAGAAGAGAAGAAUAAAGAUAGCGAUGAUUCAAUGGCCUCGGAUGCUUCGUCUGGGCCAAGUUAUCAGCGCUAUCACCAAAAGAACAACAAAAGUGGACGAAGAGAGGCGUGCAAUUUGAAGAACGGGAAAAGUGAAGGUAAUAGUAAGAGUAAUAAUGAUCAUAAAAAAACUGGUAGUUCAUACAAGAAAAAAGAGAAGAAAACGAAAGAAGAUAAGACCUAUAGAAUGAAGUGACUAAUCUUUGUAUAUUAUUGUUUUAAUAUAUGUAACUUACUGUUUGUAUACA